AUGCGUUAUUAUGGCACCUAUCUGCAGUAUGGAACCGGUGACACGUUUAUUGACACUGUUCAUACAAACGGUGGUCCCAAAGAUGUACUGCGGAAAUGGAAUGUCGAAUGUCUGGACGGAGAGGGGGUCAUCGGAAUAAGGGAUAACAACGACGACUUUAAGAGGCUUACUGUAAUAUGGUGCAGAUUUUUAUUCCCAUAUAAACCACAGCUCAACGGUUUAUACCCUUAUUACUCCGGAUGUAUUAUGCGAAAUUUGACAACGGAAGCAUUUUGCUUUAGCCCAAAAAAUGCUACAAACACCGUCAACACGUUUAUAACUGGCUUCUGGGAUAAUGAUGCGGCUUUCGUGAUAUUUCGAUCUAAGGGAGAGGAUGCUCCUAAUACAUAUAAAUGCUGUCGCACUCCGCCGGGAUACUACAUAGAUUACACCACGUGCCUGUACAAGCCCACACAUGACCAAUUCUGGGAGUACUACGAUGCUCAACAGUUUCUGGUUUUCUGCGACAGCGGCUACGUUCUAACGGGACUGGCCAGACGCAAAAAUCCUUAUGACGAUGAUUAUCAUCUGGAAUGGUUACAGUGCUGUCGCAUCGGUUACAGUGGUGUAUACAUUGAUCCGCUAUCUCUAUCCUGGGAAAUAAAUGGCGGGGUAGCUGCAGAUCUUGCCAAAGCGCGCACGAGACGGUCGUUAGGUGAAAAUCAAUUUCGAGAUUACGGUUUUUAUGAUGUAUCGGAAAGUAUGAUGCCUAGAUUUUACCUUAACGAUUCUAAUGCAAAUUAUGAUGAUCUCUUACUGAGUUCGUGGCAAAUGAAUGUGAAUGACAUCGAUUAA